CGAUCUCCUCCAGCGGCCGCCUCCGCGCGGGCAGAGCGCGGGGCACCCCCCAGCCCCCGGCGACGAUGAGCCACUGCGCGGGGGUAGCGGAGAGCAGCGAUGAUCACAAUGCCUCCUCGGAAGAAAAAGAUUGCCCUAGCCCCAUCCUAGACACUUCAAAGGACUCUAAAUCAGGAGAGGACAGUUCUUCUGAGAGCAGCUCUGAAAGCGAAUCUGAUGAUGAGGAGCCAAAACCAGAAAAAACAAAUGGGGAGCUAGGAGAGUCUUCUCCGGAGGAGGCACCUACUCUGGCUGAUGAGUGGGCGGAUGAAGAAUUGCCUGCAGAUCACUUAAGCUCAAAACUUACUAAAAUCCAGCCUCACUGUGAACACUGUAAUGUUGAUGGCAAACACAGUGAACAAGUGACCCCCAGACUCCUUUCCCGGGGGCAGUUUUUACUGAAGGUGGACAUGGAGGGAAUUUACCAGUGCACGGAAACUGGUCUGAUAUUUGAGGUUAACAGAAAAGUCGACAUCAAGUAUUGCGUUUUGUCCUGGAGCAAAUAUGCAGACCUGGUUGUUAAGCCCUGGCUUGUUGGUGGGCCCCUCUUUGAUGUUAAAUGUGACCCCGCCUGCCUUACCUCCAUUCAGUUUCCACAUUCCCUCUGCUUGGGUCACCUUGGCUCCAAUAUGAUGUUCAAGGUCUUCCAUGUUAAAAGCUCUGGAGCCUCAUUAGAAUACACUGUGGAGCAUUCUGCAACCCAUGUGAAGUGGAACGUGAGCUCUCUUUCUCCCGUGGGACCCGUCAUUCAAAGUGAAGAAACUGUGUACCACCACGGGGCUGUGAUUCUGUACAAAGCCAUUGACCAUGAUCGAUCCUUAUCCUUCCGUGUCUACGUAGCCACCAACAAUGAGUCCUUCAUCAAGGAUAUUUCCAAGUCUGUAAAGCACUCCUCUAAGAAGUUCAUGAAAAUCGACAAGCCUCCUGUUUGCCAGAAGUUACUGCAAAAUGGGAAGAAAUACAAACUGGUCAGUGUGCCGGAAGCUGAAAUCACCCCUGAGGAAUUUGAAUUUGUUGAUGGUUCACUUUUGAAAUUGAAAAGUUAUAUUGAAGUUUAUUUGGAGCAACCAGUGGAGUUUAAAUUAGUUUUGACUGAAAUGGAUUCCGAGGAAAUUGUAUGGAAAGCAAAACUGAGAGAAUGUGACUGGGCUCAAUGUGACCAGAAUCGGAACAUCUCAAAAAGAAGCACAAGUGGUAACAGACGCCGAAAAAUGAGUAGCAGCUUACCUGACGAGGAGAUCUAUGAUAAAAGGAUAAAGCAGAUGGACAGUUCAGAUGGAGUGAAGACCAGACCGCGGUUAACAGAUGUGCAGCUGAUAACCCUUGCUGGGAAGUUGGGGGAGGAGUGGGUAAAAAUUGCAAUUGCCAACCUGAAGCUGGAGAUGAGAGAUAUUGAUGAGAUCCAGGGGAAGAAAGAAGAUGUUACCAUCUGUAAAUUUAGGAUGUUGAAAAAGUGGCAAGAAAAGGAGCAGAGCAACGCCACGGCCCAGGCCUUGUAUAACUGCUUGAAGAGUGUGGUUUCUGCUGAAGCCCGGGAUGUGUUGGAAGGUUUCUUACAGGAAACAUGAAGCUUGAAGAUGAGCGCAGGAAAGGAAACCUUGGGAAACUGGCCAGGGGCUUACAUUGUUCAGAGGUGAAGGGAAUGCAAAACACUUGGAAACUUUUGGAAAGAAAAAACCUCUUUAUCCAGAUACUUUGCACCUCCUGCUCUCCUGCUCACACCAUUCCCCCCUACCUCCGGUGCACAAGUCUUCUUACAGAGGUGCUUCAGAUGACUCAGCUUCCUUAGGUGAGAAAUGGGUCAUUUUCCUUUUGGAAACUAUGAAAUUUGUAUCAAAUGCUUGAGACAUUUUUAGCAGCUCGGUGGUGGUGUGCCCUGGGGAGGUGAGCUUUUCUACCUUUGUCUCGAAUGAGGGAAAGUUCCUGUUUUGGUUGAUCCCACAGAGAUGCUACAGCUGUGGUUUCUGUGUCUCUCAUGACUGAUCUGUCUGGCUGGAGGACUGUGUUAGACCCUGAAAACAAUCAUGUUACCUGGACUGGAGUGAUUAGAAUGGCGUGCAGCCCCAUCAAAGAUAGUGCACGCUUGGAGGUGGGUCCAUAUAGAGCCCCACCAAGUUCCAUUUUGGGGGCAAAAUUGUCAGCCAAGAACUACAUUCUUUAACUUCUAUCCUGGGAUCAUUUACUCUGCGGGGUGGGGGAUGCUACCCAGAAAUAUGCUUAGCAGGAAGAGGAAACCUGCAUCUCUUUUUGGAGAAGAUUUGCCCCAGAGGAUUGGGCCACAUUGGCUCCUGGUAAUGGGUGAAUUUUUCUUUGUACUCAGAUAUUAUCACUCUCCCAGAAUCAUGCUGGUAUUGAUUAGCAUUUUGGAUAUAUUUUGUUAACUUAUUUGAAGAAUAAGUUAUAAAGUAUCAUUAAUCUUAUGUAGACAUUAGCUGAAGAGUAAAAUAAAUCUCAAUGAAUUAAUCCAAGAAACAGAUUAACUACAGCUUUGUCUGUGAAGAACAAAUUCACUUUAUGGGGAAGAAUGUAUUUUUAAUUAUCAGGGAUCCUGUGGAAUUAAACCUGUCACUUUAUGAGUUUUUUUUUUAAUUGUACUAUAUUUUAGGAAACGUGAGUUUUUAACAUUUAGAGAUAUAAAAAUAGUUAAAAGACUUGAAUUUUUUUAAAUGUUUAGUAUUUUAUAUACAUUGUUUUCCAAAGAACAGUGCAAUUUCAGAGAUGCUUUGUAUAUAAGCUUGUUUCCUAACAAUUUUCAACCUUUUUCAUACUGUGGAUGGAGGGGAAAAAAUAAAUCUGCAUUUGUA